AUGCUCCAGUCUCCAUCCGGGAGACCCCGGUCCACCGGCGGUGAUAACGGUAGCUGCCCCGGGUCUUCCAUCCUUCAUGACACACCCACCUCUUCCCCGAACAAAAAGCAAAAGCAACAACGCCAACGCAACGCGCCAUUGUUGAAGGAUUUGAAUAACACUGAUAAUACAAAAAGAAAGAGGCUGGCAUCGGGUUCGGGUGACGCUUCCUCCACCGACGCCGACCUCGAUGACGAAGAGAGUGACGACGCCAACGAUGAGGAUGACGCUGAAGAAGAUGAGCCCGCUGUUUUGGCCCCGUCUUAUGGUGGUAAAGGAAUAAACCGUAAGGCGGGGCUCAAACUCGGCCCGUCAUAUUCUAAAAGAGGGAAGAAAGUCAAGCUCGAGGAGAGUGGCUAUGGUGAUAACAACAAUGCUAGCGAAGAUGAGUAUUCUGCUGGCAUGAUAAGCUCCGUGUCUUCCGUCAGCUCCGCCAGUGCUGAUGGCUCGGUUGCCUCGGAGGAUUCUGAUGCAGAAUACGAGGGGGUGGAUGAUGUAUCUGACGACGAUGACCUAGAAGUUGAGAAGCUCGAAGAGGAAUUGAUACUAGACGAGUAUGAACGGGACUGCGUUGGCGUCGCUUCUGGAGCUCGGGGCCUUGGAGACGAGUGGAGUGGUUUCGAUGACUUGGAAAGUCGACCUCUAUACUCUGCUGGUUCAUUCUUUGAUGAUGAACAGAUUCUUUUACAAUCUGCGGCAACCGAAGUUGUCAUCGACGUGAACUUGACAAACGAGCCCGUCGAGACGCCGGUGCCUAGGAGAGUCCAUUUUGCAGAAUCCGAGGACGAUUCAUCAGACUCGGAUAGGACAACUGAUGAUGAAUUGCUUUCUGAUUUCCUACAACAGGACAGUCUUGAUCCUGACCUAAGGCGCAUGAUUGAAAAUGACGGGGAUACGCCCAAACGCCCUCGAAACCCGCAUGAUCUCUUUGCAACCAACGAUUUCUACGAGCUUCCGAGCAAUAUCUACCACGUGGAAUCUGACAGUGAAGUUGGCUGCUCCAGUGGCUAUGAGUCUGAUGGCGGGGAAACUACGGAUGAAGAGGACUAUCCUCCACCUGCUACAAUAACUCACCCAAGGUCCAUCCUUCGUCGUGACUCUAGUGCAUCUUUGUCGCCUGAUGAUGAAGAGAGAGAUCAGCAAUCACGACCGACGCGUAGGCGCGGUCCACUUCGAGGCACAUUCAUAGCCGAUCCGCAUAAACCUGUAGCUGUUGUGGCUCCCAAUGGCAAGCAACUGAUUGUGAUCCCCCCAUACGCUUCUUAUCGACACGAUUGGCUUGAAUCGGCAGCCAAUAGCUUAGCAAAUACUGCUGCAAACAGUCCUGGGGCGACAAACGCUGCCGACGACAGUGAUACUGAUGCCCUAGUAUCCCCUAGCCGCCAGGUCCUUAGCCCCAUGUUGAGCUCCGCCGCAAAUCUUAUGAUCACCGCCGUCGUCGGGAACGAUUGCGGAGGCCAAGUGACUGGUCCUCCCGAAGCGUUCUACCCGAAUGAAAAAUAUAUUCUCGAUGCUUUCGAGGAUGACGAUGAAGACGAGGACAGUGAAGCAGCUCUUAACGUUGAUGACUUUAUUGACUUUGGCAACGGCUCUUCCGACGGUGAAGAGGACAAGGCAAUGGAUGAUGUGGAGGAAUUAGCGUCUCCUCUCGCUGCUUCAUCAGUCAAUGUCGAUCUAACCCCGACUCCGCAACGUAUUGCCGAAAUCUCACAGCCCAAUAGCGCCGAACGUCUUUUGAACCAUCUCGAUCGCGGAAUUGUUACGGCGUUCCGUCGAAACCACACGCGGUAUCAAACGCUAAUUCGUUUACCGCAUCACCGGGAAUUCAUGCCCGCGAAUUCACCUUCUCGUCUCGCAAGCGCUUUCAGACGCUCGAAAUUGGCUGAUACUCGAACUCCACCACGCAAGCGCAAAGCUAGCAAUUAUCUAGGCGGUGAGGCCGUUCGAAGAAAACUGCUUGAUUCGCAUCGGAGAAAUACAACUGCAGCGUAA